AUGUUGUUUUGCCUAUUUUCAUCUGCAUACUGUUAUUGUCCGGAAGGCAGUUAUGCAAUUCCAAGUGGCAAACCAUCAAUUGAAGAUAGUGCAUUUUAUGAAUGUACUAGUCUCACAAGUAUAACAAUUCCUAAUAGUGUUACAUCAAUUGGAAAUAGUGCAUUUUCUGGAUGUUCUAAACUCACAAGUAUAACAAUUCCUAAUAGUGUUACAUCAAUUGGAAUUUAUGCAUUUUAUGAAUGUACUAGUCUCACAAGUAUAACAAUUCCUAAUAGUGUUACAUCAAUUGGAAAUGGUGCAUUUGAUUCAUGUUCUAGUCUCACAAGUAUAACAAUUCCUAAUAGUGUUACAUCAAUUGGAUAUAAUGCAUUUUCUGGAUGUUCUAGUCUCACAAGUAUAACAAUUCCUAAUAGUGCUAAAUCAAUUGAAAGUAGUACAUUUUAUGAAUGUUCUAGUCUCACAAGUAUAACAAUUCCUAAUAGUGUUAUAUCAAUUGAAGAUAGUGCAUUUUGUAAAUGUACUAGUCUCACAAGUAUAACAAUCGGUAAUAGUGUUACAUCAAUUGGAAUUUAUGCAUUUUCUGAAUGUUCUAGUCUCACAGGUAUAACAAUUCCUAAUAGUGUUACAUCAAUUGGAAAUAGUGCAUUUUCUGAAUGUUCUAAACUCACAAGUAUAACAAUUCCUAAUAAUGUUACAUCAAUUGGAAUUUAUGCAUUUGAUUCAUGUUCUAGUCUCACAAGUAUAACAAUCGGUAAUAGUGUUACAUCAAUUGAAGAUAGUGCAUUUUCUGGAUGUUCUAAACUCACAAGUAUAACAAUUCCUAAUAGUGUUACAUCAAUUGGAAAUAGUGCAUUUUCUGAAUGUUCUAGUCUCACAAGUAUAACAAUUCCUAAUAGUGUUACAUCAAUUGGAAAUAGUGCAUUUUCUGGAUGUUCUAAACUCACAAGUAUAACAAUUCCUAAUAAUGUUACAUCAAUUGGAAUUUAUGCAUUUUAUGAAUGUACUAGUCUCACAAGUAUAACAAUUCCUAAUAGUGUUACAUCAAUUGGAAAUGAAGCAUUUUAUGAAUGUUCUAGUCUCACAAGUAUAACAAUUCCUAAUAGUGUUACAUCAAUUGGAUAUACUGCAUUUUAUGAAUGUACUAGUCUCACAAGUAUAACAAUUCCUAAUAGUGUUAUAUCAAUUGAAGAUAGUGCAUUUUGUAAAUGUACUAGUCUCACAAGUAUAACAAUCGGUAAUAGUGUUACAUCAAUUGGAAAUACUGCAUUUUAUGAAUGUUCUAGUCUCACAAGUAUAACAAUUCCUGAUGGUGUUAAAUCAAUUGGAAAAAAUACUUUUUAUAAUUGUUCUAAACUCACAAGUAUAACAAUUCCUAAUAGUGUUAUAUCAAUUGAAGAUAGUGCAUUUUAUAAUUGUUCUAGUCUCACAAGUAUAACAAUCGGUAAUAGUGUUACAUCAAUUGGAAAUGGUGCAUUUGAUUCAUGUUCUAGUCUCACAAGUAUAACAAUUAAAACUACUGAAGACAUCACAAAUUCAGUUAAGACAGAUGCAUUCGUUAAUUGUCCAAUUACAGAAUUGAUUUACGAAACUACUGGAUUCAGUAUUCUUACAUUUGAUUACUUCAAAGAUACAGUUAAAUUAGUCAAAUUUAACAUUCCAAAAUCAAAUUCAAAUUCGAUGAUAAGACUUCAAGAAAUCAAAUCAUUACCAACAUUGACUCAUUUCACCAAACUCGAUAAAGUCACCAUCGAAAACAUAAAUGAAUUAACAAUUCCAGAAUCUUUUGUUAAAGGAGAUAAAUUUGAAAUCUUUAUUUCAAAUAAUAUAAAGUUUAUUGAUCCAAAUGCAUUUAAAGAUUGCUCAAUAAACAAAUUUACAUAUCUUGGAACAGACAAACUUGAGGGUGAUUUCCUUAAAAAUGCCAAAUCAUGCGAAGAAGUAAUCAUAUCGGUAAAAUAUAGUAAUAAUGAAAUUGGUGGAAAGACAAUAAAUUAUAAAUAUAAUGAAGAAACUGGUGAAUAUGAAAAUCCAAAUCAACCAGGAGGAAAUCCAGGUGAUCCAAAUCAACCAGGAGGAAAUCCAGGUGAUCCAAGUCAACCAGGAGGAAAUCCAGAUGAUCCAAAUCAACCAGGAGGAAAUCCGGGUGAUCCAAGCAAAUCCAAGGAAAAUAAAGCUAAUAAAGGAGGAAAAACUGCUGGAAUAAUAAUUGGAAGCCUUAUAGGAAUCUGGCUCGUCGCUGCAAUUUGUUUUGGAGUUUAUUAUUAUUUUGUGCAUUUUAAACCGAAAAAUAAAAAAGAUGAUAAUGAGUACAACGACGAAGAAACAAUAGCCAUUGGUACUAAUGAACUAACUAAUGAAAAUGUUUUGGCAACAAUUGAUGAACUGCCAAAUAAUGACUAUGCUUCAGCCGAAGUAUAG